ACAGUGUGUGCUUGACGGGUGAUGUUAAAGCCUUAGCGCGCCGCCUCUUCACAGACACCUUUGGACCAGACAAGACACGAUUCACGUGUGGGGUCAAAAUGGAGCUGCAAAACACAAAGAAGGACACGACUCCGGCGCAGGCUGCAUUUUAACGUUUGUUUGACCGAAAAAAGAGCAGGAAAGCGAUAUGAAGAAACACCACAGUCCAGCCAAGCAGCAUCCGCCGCCGCCGCCGCUGCUAGCUGACGUCCCGACAGGCGGCGAGGUUACCGUCCAUCAACUCAACGAGCUUCUGUCCAACGGCAGCGGCUUCUACAGUUUACCCACACACCACUUCAACGAGGUGUUCCCCAGAAUUUACAUCGGUAACGCGUUUGUAGCCCAGAAUACGAUGCGCCUGCAGAAACUUGGUGUGACGCAUGUCCUUAACGUAGCAGAGGGAACCUCCUUCAUGCAUGUCAACACCAGCGCCGAGUUUUAUGCUGGCACAGGCAUCACGUACCACGGUAUCCAGGCCAAUGACACCGAGCAGUUCAACCUCUGUGCCUUCUUUGAGGAGGGGGCUGACUUCAUUGACCAGGCUCUCGCACACAAUAACGGCAAAGGAAAGGUGUACGUACACUGCAGAGAAGGCUACAGCCGCUCCCCCACCAUGGUUAUUGCUUACCUCAUGAUGCGCCAUAAAAUGGAUGCCCGGGUAGCAGUGGCCACUGUGAGACACAAGAGGGAGAUUGGGCCUAACGACGGCUUCCUUCGCCAACUUUGCCACCUACAGGAGAAGCUGGCAAAGGAGGGCAAGCUGGAUGGGGAGGUGGGCAAACUAAAGACCAAAUGAAGACAGGAGAGGCGUGUAUUUUAUAUACAACUAUACUAUAUAAAUGUAACCCCCCUCCUGCUCCCAUCAUGCCCUUCACAGGUGUCAGCUGGUCGUAGACACUGAUUCCAAUAUGACCAAACCAGCAUCCAUAUGACACACCAGGGGUAUUCUGAACAUAUCCGUGUGUACAGUAGAUGCUCCGUCCAUGCUUAAAAUCUCACAUACAUAAGGACACAUCACUCAUUCACCUGUUUUGUCAGGAGACGUUUGUCAUCUGUCCGCCUGAAAGUGUGAUUGAAAAUAUUUAUGAAGUCUCGUCCCCUUUUCUAUUACCGCAUCACACAAAUGUGUGCACACGUUGUGAAAUCUGUUACAUUGUUGAGCUGAGCUAUCUAAUUAAGCAUUCCUUCAAUUCCGGCAAGUUGAGACGUUGGAAACUUUGCCCUGUUUUCUAAGAAUUCUAUGAAAUUAUAGCACAAUCAUUCCAUAGUUUUCCACUGCCUUAACUGUCCUGAGGUCAUGGUGAUCUCUACAACAAUGAGCGUAAACUGCAUAGCGGUUAAUGUGACAUCGUACUCUUAAAUAUCAAGUGUGGCCGCUUGGCUAAAUUUGUUUGACGCAACAAAGAAACAAAAAGGUGCAAACAAAAUAAGUUGCGUCAAUUCCAACACAAAGAGAAACUAGUGUAAAAUG